AUGGGCGGCAGCGGAAUAGGACGUGGAAUGGGCGGUGGUGGACCUGGAAGAGGAAUGGGAAGCAGUGAAAUGACAGGAAUGCCAACGAGCGGCAUGGGAGGCAGCGGAACCAGUGGAUUAGGUGGCGGUGUUGGAAUGGGAGGCGGCAGAACUGAAGGAAACAUGGACAUGGGAGGCGGCGGGUUUGGAACUGGUGGAAUGGGCGGAUCGGGAGGAAUGGGCGGAUCAGGAGGAAUGGGCGGAUCGGGAGGAAUGGGCGGAUCAGGAGGAAUGGGAGAAUUUGGUAACGGUGGAAGCAGCGGCGAAUUCGGAUCCAACACAUUAGGAUCCGGAAUCGAUAGUGGUCUAGGGUUUGGAGACAAGAUCGCCUCAGAAGCAACGGAUCUCGCAACAGGUACAUGA